CCCCUGUUACCGGUCCAAUUACCCGUAAAUCAGAUUUCCGAUUCCGGACCUCAACCCCCUCUUAAAAACUUCGACAACUGAUUUGAAAUUCAAAAAUAUACUAGCCGUUGCGCUCCUCUCCUUCCUUCCUAUGUAAAACCUAUCCUCUCUCAAAUACCCUAAAUCUCUCUCUCUCUCUCUCAAAAUCGAGAUUCUAGAAUGGCAGAUACCGCUGUAGCCUCGACAGUUCCAAAAAAAUCAAGAAACAACAGGAAAGCUUUGAAACAGAAGAACCCAUCAACAAAUGAAUCCAAUAUAAUGGCUCAAAAGCUCUCUGAGACAUCUACUGCCACCGUUUUAUCUCCAUCGGAUGCUGAUCCUUCAAAAGAAAACCAUGCGAGUCAUUCUCAACCUCGGUCUUCACCCAAGAAAGGGAAAUCCAAGGCCGCGAAAGCGAAGCAGAAUAAAGAGGCUUCGGCUUCUUUGUUUGAGAAAGAUUUUCAAGAAAUGCAAGAAAUGUUGCAGCAGUUAAAGCUUGAGAAAGAAAAGACCGAGGUUUUGUUGAAGGAGAAAGAUGACAUGUUGAAGGCUAAAGAUGAGGAGAUUGAAAUGAAAGGUAAAGAACAGCAGAAGAUGAAGAUGGAGUUGAAGAAGUUGCAGAAGUUGAAGGAAUUCAAGCCCACCAUGACUCUCUCAUUUGUUCAAGCAAUGAAUGACAAGCAGCAAGACAAGAAGAAAAAGAAGGGUGGCAAUGAAAUCAAAAGGCCAUGCCCACCUUACUCACUUUGGUGCAAAGCUCAAUGGAAUGAGGUAAAAAAAGAAAACCCAGAUGCAGAGUUUAAGGAUAUCUCUAACAUUUUGGGGGCAAAGUGGAAGACCAUUACUGCAGAGGAGAAGAAGCCUUAUGAGGAGAAGUAUCAGGCUGAAAAGGAAGCCUAUCUGAAAGUAAUGACAAAGGAGAAGCGCGAGAGUGAAGCAAUGAAGCUUUUGGAAGAGGAACAGAAGCAGAAGACUGCUAUGGAAUUGCUUGAGCAAUACCUCCAGUUCAAGCAGGAAGCAGAUCAGGAAGAGAACAGCAAGAAGACCAAGAAAGAAAAGGAUCCAUUGAAACCAAAGCAGCCAUUGUCUGCAUUUUUCCUGUUCUGUAAUGAGAGAAGAGCCGCUCUCCUUGCAGAGAACAAGAGUGUUCUGGAGGUGGCCAAGAUUGCUGGUGAAGAAUGGAAGAACAUGACAGAAAAACGAAGGGGGCCUUAUGAAGAGGUUGCAAAGAAGAACAGGGAAAAGUAUAUGCAAGAAAUGGAGGCUUACAAGCAGACAAAGGAUGAAGAAGCUAUGAAUCUCAAGAAAGAAGAGGAAGAACUGGUGAAAGUCCAGAAACAGGAAGCAUGGCAGUUGCUUAAGAAGAAAGAGAAAACUGAAAACAUUAUCAAGAAAACCAAAGAGCAACGCCAGAAGAAGCAGCAGCAGAAUGUUGACCCUAACAAGCCUAAGAAGCCUGCAUCUUCAUUCCUUCUUUUCAGCAAAGAAACCAGGAAAAGUUUAAUGGACGAGCGCCCUGGAAUCAAUAAUUCCACCCUGACUGCAAUGAUUUCUGUGAAGUGGAAGGAACUUAAUGAAGAAGAGAGGCAAAUCUGGAACUCCAAAGCAGCUGAAGCCAUGGAAGCAUAUAAGAAGGAACUGGAGGAGUACAGCAAAUCUUUAGCAGCUGCAACUUCAAAUGACAAACAACAGCAGUAGUGGAAGGCUUGUUCCAUCUAAUAGAUGCUAACUCUUUUUGUCGAUGAUGUUCAAGUGUCUGGUGGUUGAACAUCAUUUUCUCUAGUUGUUGUUGAACUAGACUAUCAUUUUUAGGUUUGGUGGGGCUGCCUAUAUCAGGCUUGGCGUAAUCUUUCAGGGCGGGGGUUGUUUUCAUCCGCAAUUGGUCGCAAGUUAUGAUUGAAUCGAAAUGUUAUUUUAAAA